ACAACAGGCAGACGGCGUGUCUGCGGAAUAGCAAGAGGGGCUGAGAAGAGCCCCCUCCCCUUUCUCACUUCAUAUCUCUUUCUCUCUCUUCGUUUCUCACUCAGCUGCUUCUUGCAUUACCUAGAGUCAAAUUCUCAAAUGAUCUUUUCAUCAAACUGAAUAUAUAUCUUUCUCUCCUCCAUUCCUUCUGCACCCCUCUUCCCUCUCUCCUCGGGUUUCUUCACUCUCUCCUCCCGGGCUUUCAGCUUUCCCCUGUGAGGUAGAGGGAGAUUGUGUCUGGCUUCUUGUUCCUCUGCAAGCAACAGUGUGUUCAUCAUCUCCCCACGAGACAGACAAAGAGAGGAAGAGACGGAGAGGGAAAAAGAGGGGGAGUAUCAGGUGUAUGUAAAGAGAAAAUGGGGAGAGUGUGAAAGGAAUUGAUAGAAUGACAGGAAGCCAGUGACAGAGAGAGAGAGUAAGAGAGAGAUCGAGAGGGAUCGUGUGUGAGAGAAAGAGAGAGAGAGCGAGAAAGAGAGAGCGACAGAUGGCUGUAAACCCAGGGGUGUCAGUGUUGCCAUACAGACAAAGGUAGCUCCGUAGUGCAUUUUCUCUCUCUCUCUCUCAUUCACACACACACUUACACACACAGGCAUUACAACUGCGUAGGUGUCAGACGGAAGAGGAAUGACACUGGCUUGCACACAGAGUAGCCUCAUGUUCAUAUCUUAACGGAAUCAGUUGUACCACACUCACACACUCAAUCAAUCGCACACACAAACCCCGUGUGCGGCCGUAAACAUGGGUCUCGUCAUGGGGACCUUUUCCAUGCAAUCCAAUAAGCAGGAUCGGACCUAUCGGAAAGAUAAAAUUGAUGAUGAUUUUGAGAUGAGCAUUGUGUGUCAUCGGCCAGAAGGGCUGGAUAAACUGGAGGCUCAGAGCAACUUCAGCAAGAGAGAGCUACAAGUCCUUUACCGUGGCUUCAAAAACGAGUGCCCUAGUGGGGUGGUGAACGAGGACACCUUCAAACAGAUAUACGCCCAGUUCUUUCCCCAUGGAGAUGCCAGUUCCUACGCACACUACCUGUUCGACGCCUUUGACUCAGCACACAGCGGAUCCAUCAAGUUUGAGGACUUUGUCAUGGCUCUGUCCAUCUUACUGAGGGGAUCAGUGAGGGAGAAGUUGAUGUGGACUUUCAACCUGUAUGACAUAAACAGAGAUGGCUACAUCAACAAGGAGGAGAUGACAGACAUCGUCAGAGCGAUAUAUGACAUGAUGGGGAAGUACACCUACCCUGCCCUGAAGACAGACACUCCCAAACAACAUGUGGAUGCUUUCUUCCAGAAGAUGGACAAGAACAGAGAUGGAGUAGUCACUCUGGAUGAGUUCAUUCUGUCCUGCCAGGAGGAUGAAAACAUCAUGAGGUCCCUGCAGCUUUUCGAAAACGUCAUAUAAAUGAAACAGACAAAAGAGACACAGUGGGAAAAUGAAAGAGAGAUAGGAAAGACCUUUGAACUGUGAGAAGAAAGAGCAGCCCACCAUUUAAUGGCAAAAAGGGACACACACAAACUUUGCUGUCAGCAUGGUUAUGAGAGGUACUCAACACUGGCCGCCCAGCAACAGCUAUAUGCAUCUGCCGUGUGGCACAGUGUCUCACCAUCACGUUACAAUGGCAGUGACCAAUCAACGGGCUGGGUUAUGACCCCUCCCACUGACCUCUGACCCCUUGUACCUGUUUUUGAUCUUCCUGUGACCCUGUAAUCUUUCACCCUUGGUCCGAACUCUCUCAGUCUUGUUCUGUUGAUGUUGUCGUCGUUGUUAUGGUUACUGUUCUCCCAGAGAGUGUAUAUAACACCUGUUAAUUGACAUACUGACAUUAUAGAAACAUACACACACAUAUUAAGACAUACACACAUACCUACACUGUGUCAGGCCGGGAUUCAAUCCGAAGUGCACUAUAGAGCGAUCUCUUUGAACGUCGGGGAAGUUGCCCUUAAAAGUUGCACUGUCGACAGUCAGCUCUAUAACACUGCUUGGAUUGAAUCCUGGCCUCAAUUUCACCACAAAUACAGUUUACAGACACAAAUUGAGGACAUUUCCUGUACAUUUUCAUUUGUAGAAUUCAUGUGAUCUCUACUUGACCGCAACAUAUUAAGAAAUAUACAUUUAAAACAAGUCAGUCCUAACCCCACUAAAUGCAGCACUCCUAUUGUAUGUGUGUUCGUGUUAGUCAAUGUUUUUUGUGUUGUGGUGCCUUGUGUCAUUGUGUUUUUGGCUUCUAUCUUUCUGUCUGCACUGAGCUCCGUUCAUCUGCCUCUUUGUCUGUCAAUCUGGCCAGAUGAUAUUCCCACCCACAGAGCCUGGAUUGAAUGUUCUGUGGCCUAUGGCAAUUUUGAAGUAGUGCUGAGCGAAUAACCGAAAUGUUGGUUUAUUUUCAGUUUGUAAAUAACUAAUUGACGGACAUUGGUUCCAUUAUUUGAAUUCCAUUUAGUUGUGCACCAUUUGUGCCAUUUCUCUAGAGAGAUUUCUCUCUGGGACAUGUUGUCCAGCUCAUCAGAGUUAAGUGCCGAAAACGUGGUAAUGAACUACAUUGACCAGAAUCCAUUGCCUACAGCUAGCUGCCUCCUGUUCUCAUUGGUUCUUUGCCGGGCAAGCCUGUGUGGCCCGACAGACAGACACAGAGAGAUAGGAGAGGGCUAGAAUCCGGUUGCUUAUGUAUCUCUACCCGACAAUGCAUCUAAUUGAUUGAUAGUUGUUAUUUAGCAGUGUUAAAAGUGUACCUUAUCUACUUUAUAGAACUACUUCAAAUGUGAUUUCAUCAGACAGCUAACCAGCUAUGUAAGCCUGCUAUCCGGAAGGAUGACUCUGGGAGAACAUAGAUGGAUGGCUGGCUGGCAGCUACAGCCUAAGCAGAGAUGAGAUGAUGACUUGUAAUAAAAUACUAAGUCAUCAAAUGAAAUAAAAAAAUAUAUACACAACAACUGAUAUAUUUUAUUAAAGUUAUGUGAACAAGGGAUGGUUUGUUAAUAAGUGAUAUGCAGUAAUUGCAUAUCUUAGUGUCACCAUACUAAAAACAAAUAUGUAAUAUACAUAACCAAAAUAUUUAAUUUACUGUAAGUAAAGUCAUGUGAAUAAAUGAUGGUUUAGAGCCUAAUAACUGAUAGUAAUAGGCUGUCACUCACUACCAUCAAUUAUUUUAUUCAUUGUUGUUACAGCAUUGAACAUUGAACAUUGAACAAUGCAUUUAUUGUAAAAAAGAAAAAAAAUAAGAAAACCGCGAUUAUUUUUCAAAAACCAAAACUGAACCGACCUCAAAAAGCGCUAUUCGCUCAGCACUAUUUUGAAGUGUAUUCUUAUGCUUGUUUUGUGCCAAUAUGGGUGUGUGCAUGGUAUCCUGUGGGACAUUACAACUGUGCAGUAACAACUCUCAAGGGGAGGGAGAGGGAGAGGGAGAGGGACCUUGUCACUGAGAAUACAGGAAUGAAAGCCAUGACAUGGGUGGUGAUGACAAUAGCCUAAUCAAUGUGAAGACUUACUGACAACAAAACACAGAAUCCCUUAUUUCACAGUCCCCUAUUACCUUACCUUCACCUAUACUUUUAUACAAUAUCAAGAUUCAUGAUCAGCAAAGCACAGAGAGGUGAGACUAACAGACUGAGAAUGACAGACAGAAAGGGGGAAAAAAAACACAUCAGUGUAUAUUGAAAUGUUGUACAAAAUGAUAUUUAACAAUAAACUUUUCAAAGAAAGUA